UUUUCGUCAGGCAUUCUUUUGAAACCAUGUAGCGCUGCCUGAAGCAUGAAGUCAUGCAGCCGGCCCAGGCCAUUUGGGAGUCCCGCUACCUCAACUCCACGGAGGCCUAUGCCGUGGUGCUCCGAUCCCUGGGGCGGCAGAGUUGGUGGCGACGGGCAGUGGAAAUGUUCCUGGAGAUGCCAGAGAAGCAGUUGGCUGUGGACCUCCGAGCGCUGAACGGCGUGCUGAGCGCUUGCGAGGAGGGUGGUGCCUGGCCAUGGGCGAUUCAACUGAUGGCUGAUGCCGUACCGGAGCUCUUGCCGGACGUGCCCUGCCUUCGAAAGGCUUUGAGCAGCUGUCGCAAGGGAUGUGCCUGGCGCUGGGCACUUGUGCUUCUGGAUGACUUUGAAGGCUUCGGCUUUCUGGUGGACGCCACCACCCUCCGCCAGGCCAUUGCCGCCUGUGAAGGCGCAGGCCGCGAAGCCAGAGAUGCCAAAGUUGCAUUGGAACGACGUCGGAAGCGGCAGGAGGUGGCCCAUGAUGCUCGUUGGCCAAUCCAGAAGAAGCCCGUCAAAACAGAAGUCUCCGAGCGGAGGACCAUGAAGCAAGAAGCUAUGAAGAAAUUGUCGAUGGGCACAACUUCAGGGCCGGAGGCGAUGGGAUAUAUUUCGCUCCUGCGAGCCAACUUCAAGCUGAGCUGUAAGGAGUACACGAUGCUCAUCUCUUUCUUGUCCACUCGGACCUUGUGGAAGAGUGCGCUCACGCUCUUUUCGGAGAUGCCGGAGCGUGAAGCCAUUCCAGACCAAACCGCCUACACCACGGCGAUCGCAGCAUGCCGUUUGGCCAAGCGCUGGACUCACGCGCUGGAGCUCUAUGCGAAGAUGUGCGAUGAGCUGAUGCCACCCACGAUCUCCACCUUGAAUGCGUUGAUCUCAGUCUGUGGUCAGUCUGAACGCUGGCGGGAGGCCUUGUUGGUCUUCGAAGAGAUUGCAGGGUUUUCGCUCCGCCCGGACGGGGUGACGUUGAAAGCGACCUUGGAAGCUGCCACCGAGGGCCGGCAGUGGCCCUUGGCGUUGCGCCUCUUGAGAGCCACCCCGCAGCCGGAGGCCUACCACUUCAAUCAAGCUCUUCGCGCUUGUGAGAGGUCCUCCUGCUGGCGCGAGUCGCUGCAGUUGUUGAAGGAUAUCCGGGACAGCAAUUUGGCGCCCUCCUUGCAGCAGUACCACUUUGGCAUCUCUGCUGUCAGUGCCGCAAGCUAUUGGAGUCUGGCCUUGGCCUUGCUGGCGGAGGCGGAGCAGAGUGGGCAGCGAGCACGGCCCGAAAGUGUGGAGGCAGUGCUCAAUGCCUGCCUGGUGGCAAGGCAGUCGGCCUUUGCUUGGCAGCUCUUGCCGAAGGGUUUGGAGCGAGGAAGUAUAGUCUCGGCGACGGAAAUGGUGGCAUCCCUCUACCAGACCCCAUGGCAGGAGACUCUGGAGCAACUAGCAGCCUGCCCCUCCUCCUGGCUUGCCGGAACGUUCCGGCCUGCCUUGCGCGCGAGCCGGGCGCCUGGAGCCUCAACAUUGGCCAAGAAACUGGCGGCCAAAAAGCAAGCGCAUAGCAAGCACAGCAAGCAGGGGUGUUGUCCGAUAGAUCGGCAAAAAAGGGCGUCAGAAGAAGGUUUGACUGUUUGACCCCAGCUCAUGUGUAUCUGCGGAGGGUUGUUGUCGCAUCGAACCAAUCUCUCCUCGUUUUCAGGAUUUGGCAGCUCAUGCGAUGUUUCUGGAGAUGGGGGUGUUGUUUGUUGGAAUGUCCCCGAUCAAGGAGGUUGAAGUGCAGGGCUAGAGACUGUUGCUUUUGUAUUUGGUCCAUCAGUGGGCCGCGAAUUGGGUGAUUUCUCC